UUCCGGGAUACUGUCAGGAUGAGAUUGUAGCAUCGGCGCUGAAUAAAAUCACAUUCCAGGGUGAUGGGGCCAGAUGGUGCCCCAGGUCCAGCUGUGCCAUGGCGUAAGGUGCUGUGGGAAAGCCAGCCUUUUCCAGAUAACUACGUAGACCAGCGGUUCUUGGAGGAGUUACGCAGGAACGAGGGCAUCCGGCAGUACCGCUACUGGGCUGUAGUGAAGGAAGCCGGAUUUGUAGGACAGCAGCUGUCUUGUGUGGCCAUUUUUAUCACCCUCUGGCUCUACAUGGAGCAGGGUCUGCUGCCUCCUGAGACGUUGCUUUGGUCCAGCCUCAUCUGUGCCCUACUGGGUUAUGGACUUCAUCAAGCCUUGACAUCUCGCGUUGAAUCAUGUGGUGAACCCCGCACUCAUCUGGCUGAUUUACAGAGUGCAGCCAUUUUCCUUUCCUUCACCUUUGGCUUCUCGCCAGUUCUUAAGACACUAACAGAGUCUGUGAGUACAGAUACUGUGUACGCCAUGUCUGCUUUGAUGCUGCUGGCCCAUUUGGUGUCGUUUCCUUACGCCCAGCCAUCGCCUCCUGGAAGCCUCUCUUUAAAUGCAGCUCUGUUUGCCUCAGUGUGCCUAGCCUCUAGGUUACCCGGAGCUCUGCACACUUUCGCCAUGCUAAGCUGCGCCCUUCUGGUGUUUGCUCUGUGGCCCUGCCUGCUGCAGACGCUGAGGGAGAACGCCCCUGGCCAUUUUACUGGGGUGUGCAUGGGAGUUUGCAUUGGAGGGAUAGUAGGUCUGGGGUCUCAGACGCUGGGUGGAGCUGUGCUCUUAACCCUGGCUUUAGCAAGUGUAACACUGCUCUGUCCUUUCCUGCUUGUCAGGCUGCAGAGGCACAAGGACAACAUUCAUGGACCCUGGGAUGAGGCUGAGAUUCGUGAGGACCUGAGCCGCUUCCUUCACUAAUAAGCAGCCUAGCACAAGCAGCUCCUAAACAAACUGAUAUUAAAGGUGUAACUGAAUUUUAUAUGAACCAAUUCACUGUCAUAGUGCUGGUUUCUUGGUGCUGUGCAUGUAAAAGGACUAAUUUUAACUGUUUUGUUUUUUUUGUUUUUUUAAAUCACUGGUUCAUGUAUGAUUGGAAAGCAAUGACAAACUGUUAUCCUCUUCCAGGUAGUCUGAGGAUGGUUUUUAAUGUUCAAGCUGCUACCGUUUUGUAAUUUACCUCAGAGUUUGUGCAAAAGGUCUCAACUAAUAAUAUGACUUGUUACAGGAUGUUAAUGGUUUGCAAAUCUCUGUAAGAAAAAAUGAAGUCACAUUGACCUGAAUAUAAACAAGGGCUGUAAUUCCAUUUUCCACAAAUUAUUUGUAAAUAUUAGAAGACAUUUAGGAUUUCAUUGUGUAUUUUGGUAAUGAGAGUAUUUCUUCAGUGUUAUUCAAUACAAUACUACAAGAAGCUGUUUUACCUGCUCCACACUACAAGCUAAAUAUAAGACAUAGCCUCAGUUUUUAGAGUUACCAUGUCCCUUGUUCACAAGUCGUCAGCACAGCAGGUUGCUCCUAGUGUUUGAUUUGGCAGAUUUUUACACCAGGUGUCAUUCUUGAUUUAAAAACCCUGGAAGGGAUUUGUCUCCUUCCAGGGUUAAACUGGGUUGCGUUCACUUCAACUACUACACAGUGGAGCUACACACCCCAUAUAAUGAUAACUUCAUGAAUCUUGUAAAAUAUGGUACUUUUUGGGGGGUCAUGUUUCAGUUGUUAUCAAACUUUCUGUCCUUUACCAUUAAGGUGUUUGUAAUAAAAAAAAAAACAACAACAACACACAUACACACAAAAGGACAAUAUGUUGUAACAUUGUUGCUGUGUUGUGAAUUUAAAUAUGGCCCAAAAUAUGAAAUGUGUCAUGAGCACUGAGGUAAGAAAAUGUAGACGUUUUCUACAGUCAAUGAAAAAGAUGAGGGUCUUUCAUGUCGCCUUCCGUUCAAAUCCCAAUCAGUGACGUCACAUCCGAUGAGCAACACCUGUUGACAAGGUGUUUUCGGUCGAUAGAGAGCAGCAUGGUGGGAGUUUGCCUCCCUAAUUUAGUCAAACUUCCAUUUAAAAAAAAACAAAACAACUUUAUGCUGAUGACCUCCCAGUUUGCUCAGCACACAGUGUGAAACAGACCGGGGUUCCUCUGUUUAUUUUUAAUUUUUGUCUCAGAUUAAAGAACAACUACAU